GAAAACACUGUUGAAACCACAACUGAAGAAGAUGAGCUGGGAACAAUAACAUCUAAGAAUGCGUCAAAGUCUAAUUCGUCUUUUACCUUCGUAUUAUUCGCACUGAGAGAGAAAAGCUAGAGGACCAGGAUCUUAUCUUUGGGCAAUUGGGCUUGGCUGCCUGGCCGCUGAAAGAAAUCCUCUGAAAAUAUUUCUCCAUCUCUCUUCAUCUUCUCCCCUUCUUUCUCAUACCCAAUUCUAGUAACAUUAACUGUUUCUGUAGAGUUUCAGUUACUUGUUCUUGUUAAGUUAUUUUCAUUUGUAUGUCGCGAGGAUGUAUCACUGUGUUCCGGAUUUUGAGAUGGAGGAGGAUUGCAGGAUCCCUACAUCUUCAGUUCUAACGCGCCCUAAAAAAUCAACCAUGCCCUAUCAGGAUGAUGUUAUGGAGUUGCUGUGGCAAAACGGCCAAGUCGUUUUGCAGAGUCAGACACAGAGACCUCAGAAGAGUUCAACGCCGGCUAAAUUCGAUGACGCCGUCAUUCCAGCUGUCCAAGCAGCUUCCAGAGAGAUCCCCUCACACCAACACCACCUCUUCAUGCAAGAAGACGAAAUGGCUUCUUGGCUUCAUUGUCCUCUGAACGACACCAAUUUCGACUCCGAUUUUUGCACCGAUCUUCUCUAUCAUGCUCCUUGCGUUACUUCAACCACCACCGCCACUCCUCCCCUUCGUACAAAUCGCGUAACCGACUCACGCCCAUCGAAUACGACUACUGCUUCGGCUUCAAGGCCUCCAAUUCCUCCGCCAAGAAGGCCGGAGAGUUUCGUACAGUUCUCGAAGCCAAGACCAGUGACUGAAACAUCAGGGCCGUCAAAUUCAAAAGGUGUGAUGUUGAGAGAAUCGACGGUUGUGGACUCAAGUGAUACACCAGCUGUGGGGCCUGAAUCUAGGGUAUCGGAGGCAGUGAGGAGUACGGAGGGUGCAUCGAGAGUGAACAACGUGUGCAGGACCAUGAGCGGUGCUGGAUUGGCAGGUACGUCAUCAGCCGGUGGAGGGGGAGGUGGAACAAGAGAUUUAACCGCAUGUGAAAUGACAGUGACAUCAUCAUCACCAGGCGGCUCCAGCACUAGUGCCGAGCCGGCUGAGAAGCCGCCAGCUGAAGAUCGUAAAAGAAAGGGCAGAGAAGCCGACGACGAGUGUCACUGCGAGGACGUUGAGUUGGAAUCUGCUGAUGCAAAGAAACAAAUUCGUGGAUCAACAUCAACAAAGAGAUCUCGUGCGGCAGAGGUCCACAAUCUGUCAGAGAGGAGGCGGCGAGAUAGGAUAAAUGAAAAGAUGAGGGCUUUGCAAGAACUCAUACCUCGUUGCAACAAGGUAUCUGACAAAGCUUCAAUGCUAGAUGAGGCUAUUGAGUACCUGAAGUCUCUUCAGUUGCAAGUGCAGAUGAUGUCCAUGGGGUGUGGCAUGGUCCCAAUGAUGUUCCCUGGCAUGCAACAAUACAUGCCGAACAUAGGAAUGGGAAUCGGGAUGGGCAUGGGCAUGGAUAUGGGAAUGACUCGGCCUAUGAUGCCAUUUACAAAUGUUUUGGCUAGUUCAACCUUACCAACACCAGCUGCUGCAGCUCAUUUGGGUCCAAGGUUUCCUAUGCCAGCCUUCCAUAUGCCAGCUGUUCCUGGUCAUGGUCCUGAUCCCUCCAUAAUUCAAGCAACCAACCAGUUAGAUCCCACGUUAAACUCUUUUGCCAUGCAAAAUCCAAACCAGCCACGGCUUGCAAAUUUUGUCGAUCCUUAUCAGCACUAUCUUGCACUCCACCAGAUGCAGUUACCACAACAACAGAAUCAAUCAAUGACCCUGCCAAGCGCGAGCAAGCCAAGUUGCAGCAAGGCAGCUGAGAAUCCUGAAAAUCACCCAUCAGGAACCUGAUACCAAUAGAUUAAGUUGUGUUGGUGGCUGAAGAUUCGAAGUUGGCAUGCACUGUGGUAUGGUGGGUUCCAUCUGUAGCACUCGUAAUGGAACAAGAAGUGAUGAAUAUUCCUAGUAUUACAGGAUGAUAUUUUCAGAAGAUCAGACUUGUAAAGGCCCCGUGCUUCCCAAGUUUUGUAGUGUAACUUUAAGAGAAAACCACCCACCUGAGAGCAGCUUUUGCAACUGCUAAUGUGCUUUAAUACACAUACCUAACAUGUAAUUAUUACAACCCCCACACGUAAAAUUUAUUUUCCUCUUAAACUGUCUAUUAUUAUUAUUAUUAUUAUUCUGACCUUUUUUU